AUGAUUUUGAUCAAUGCCUAUUCAACUAUUCUAUGCUGCAUCUGCCUAACUCCCCCAUCCAAAUGCUUUUCACCUCUCACCCACGGCCCAGUCUACACUUUUCCCACCACUUCGGCCACAUUGUCCCAGCCAAGCACCCUCCACCUUUUUCUCCGAUACUCGUCCAGAAACGCACCAACUCACACGUCCGCACGUGUACCCACCCCCAAAAAAAAGAUAGAGAGAAAACGCCACCAGCGCUUACGAAACCAACACCAUGCCCAUAUCCUCCCCUUCCGAACAACCCGACAACCGGGGGUUUGGGAAGCCAGCAAAAAAAAACGGCCGAAAAGGAAAGAACGAGAGAGAAAGACAUACACACAUGAAAAGGCCAAGAAAUGUCAUUCAUCAAGCCGGCUUGUCCUAGCACCUUUUUUCUGUUCCCUGGACAUCCCAUUGGCGCAUGAUUGA